UAGCAGUGCAUCAGGUUUACUGGCGUAGGUUCUUCUCAAAGCAAACAUUUCAGCAGUUUCCCUGAUCUUCCUAAAACAAAGAGGCUGAACUCUGCGCUGAUCCCUUGGAAACUUUACCCAAGCUUUGCCAAGUGAGGCACUGAACUGCAACCACAGACAAGCCUCUUGUACCAGACGCCAGGUUGGCUCUGUCAGAAGCUGAAAUGCCAAGUGCCAAACUGACUGCGUUCUCCCCAGUUGAAUUUACAGUGUCCGCUCUGGAUAAAUCAGGGCACAAAGAGGAGGAAGAUGGAAGCAUCUGGAAAAAGCAAACAAAUAACAUACGUGAAAUUUUUGUGUUCAUGGAGGUGUUAGGAUCAGGGGCCUUCUCAGAGGUCUACCUUGUGAAGCAUAGAUCUACUGGUCAACACUUUGCUUUGAAAUGUAUUAAGAAAGUCAACAGUUCACGAGACAAGAGCCUGGAGAAUGAGAUAGCAGUGCUGAAAAAGAUUAAACAUGAAAACAUUGUGACACUUGAGGAUAUCUAUGAGAGCUCUUCACAUUUCUACCUUGUAAUGCAGCUGGUCUCCGGGGGUGAAUUGUUUGACCGUAUUUUAGAACGUGGAGUUUAUACCGAGAAAGAUGCCAGCAAUGUGAUACGCCAAGUCCUUUCUGCAGUGAAAUAUCUUCAUGACAAUGGAAUUGUACACAGGGAUUUAAAACCAGAAAACCUACUGUAUCUAACACCUGAUGAGAAUUCCAAGAUAAUGAUUACAGAUUUUGGCCUUUCUAAAAUGGAAGAAAGUGGCAUUAUGUCUACUGCAUGUGGCACUCCAGGAUAUGUUGCACCGGAGGUUCUUGCUCAAAAGCCAUACAGUAAAGCAGUGGACUGCUGGUCGAUUGGAGUCAUUACCUAUAUUUUGCUAUGUGGAUACCCUCCAUUUUAUGAAGAAACAGAAUCCAGACUUUUUGAGAAAAUUAGAGAAGGAGCAUAUGAGUUUGAAUCUCCAUUUUGGGAUGACAUUUCCAAAUCUGCCAAAGACUUCAUUAGCUGCCUCCUAGAAAAAGAUUCAAAGAAGAGGUAUAACUGUGAGAAAGCCCUUAAGCACCCAUGGAUUGCUGGAAACACUGCCCUCUACCGUGAUAUCUAUCGCUCAGUGAGCAUUCAAAUCAAAAAGAACUUUGCUAAAAGCAAGUGGAAACAAGCAUUUAAUGCUGCGACUGUGGUAUACCAUAUGAAAAAACUUCACAUGAAUAAUAGCCAGACUAGCACUGGCGUUCCUUCUGAUUCCAAGAAUCAGCUUCCCACAAUAAAAGUGUCUGAUGCCACAAGACCCAAUACUCCUAAUGUCAACAGCACAAAGGAAAGAAACAUUUCUGAAAUAUUUCAACUGCAUCCAGAUGUAUCAAAUGGAAUGUCUGUAAGAUCCGGUACAGCUAUGUCAUGUGAUACCAUAAAUGUUGAAAGGCAUUCCUGCUUGAGAACAGUAUCAGCUCAUGAACCUUGUACUAGCAAGUCAAAAGAUGCCUUACCAUCACAUUUGGGACAAUCACAAUCACAGGAAUGCAAGGCAGCCUACAAGAAUCAAUCCCAAAAUCAUUCAACUGACUUGAAUUCUAAUUCCCACAUGUUAAGUAGGGGAGUCCAGAGUAAUAACCCAGGUUCUAGAAAAGUGCUCAGUAAGCGUGCCAUGCAAAAUUGUGCAACCCAAACCAGCCCAGAUCACCGUGUGCCAGCAGAAAAAAAACAAGGUUCUAUGGUGAAAGAAGACCACUCUCAUAGAAAAUCAUCUUCUUCGACUAAGGGAAGUCAAGCGUCCAUCACUGUCGGUGAAAAUAAACCAGCGCAAAAAGACAACAAUACCAAGGAGCAUAAGCAAAAUAUUUUAAGUACCAAGAAUAUUUCUCAUUCACUAGAUCUCCCUUCACCCCCUGUCCAUAACAGUGAAUCUCCCAAAAGCUCAUUCCGUAAAACACCUUCAACAAGUUCUCCUUCUAAGAAGUCAACGGUUCCUAAAAGUAUUUCAAUUAGUAGCUCCCAAAAACCUCCUCCUUCCCAAAAUUCUCCUACUUCUCCAAAAAUCCCUUCUGAAAUGUUUAUUGCUCAAACCUCUGUUCAAGACCAUUCAGAUAGAAGGAACACACCCCCAAAGAAGCCUACUUUGGACUGUAAGACUACAGAUAUGCCUCAGUGCAGACCCCUGGACUUAUCUAAUGAACCCUUUAACAUUUCAGCUUCUGCUAAUUUAUACGUAACAAAUGGAAUAUCGAGUGAGACGUAUGAGAAAGGCAAGCCCAUUUCCUGCACUGAAUCAGGCCUGGUAAAGAAAGCACACAAGAAGCAGAAUUUCAUGAAUGCUGUUACUGCUCCGAUGAAAGGGACAAAUUACACCCACUGCGGCAGUGGACAGACAGGUGUCUGCUCUGUUAUGUGACCUGCACAGUUGUCACUGAAGUUGACACAUUUUUUCAUAAAGGGCUGCACUUGAACUGUGCAUGGAAGCCUAACAUUGAUCACACUUCAGAAGGGAGCAGAAGAUUCUCCUCUUCACAUCCUCUUUGGGAACAUCGCCAGAUUCAUGUGGGUGAAUUCUGAGGGACACGACAGUGAUUUAUGUCAGAUGAUAGUCUGGAUUGCUGGACAUAUCAUGCUCCAUGGCUCCAGCACUUGCGAACAUUGCAUGGAAGACAAGUUUAGUUGAACAAGCAGAUUAACCAACUGCACUUUACUGUAACUGGUGUUAUCACUUUUCUUUUAACUUGUGUGUGAAGGUGUAGCAUUGUGUAACCUCUUAUCUAUACAUCUGUAGUAUUUUGCAGAAAAAGAUAUCUUGGAUAUAUUGUGAAUAAGUGAGAACUGACACUAUUUAGAAAUGACAUAAUUAUAAAAUAUGUAUAUUGAUGUGAACCUGGAAGCAGGAGUUAUUAGCAGAAGUCUCAAGCAGCUUCUGAACUGAGGCACAUUGAUUCAAGAUACAGCCAUAAAGACGGUGUAAAUAAUUCAAAAUUUUCGCACAAUUAGAUGUUGAGCUUUUUUUAAAUGAAUUGUGUAUGUAUCAUUAGCGAACGGCUUCACCUUCUGCUGUACAAUCCUGCAGGCGUUUUUACUGUUGGACAUGGAACUCAAUUCAGUCUAUAUUCUUAAUUCUGAUUUAAAUAUCUUAUUAUUACAGCAAAAAAUGAAAAGUUCACCUACACACAGACAUACAAAGUAUUUUAAAUAUCCAUGAUCGUAUGCAAGAUAGUUAUUAGCCAGGGACUGCACAGUGCAUAUCAUGGGUGCUCACAUAUCCAAACACUGUGCAAUCUUGUCUUUUAUGUAAGUGCUAGAAACAUCUGGCUGCAAUGGGUAGCACUCCGCUAGCCACCAGGGAAUGUUCAGUAGGAAUACAAACUACCAUCUCCAAAAUUCCCUUAUUUAAAUAUUUAGUAUAAUUUUACUACUUCUAAUUUGAGUUGUUUUUCUCUUUGCAAAAUUAAUGCUGUUUUAGAAUAAUUAUUAUUAUUAUUAUUAUUAUUAAAUAUGCUGUGUGUCUUGCUGCUUAUUAAUACUGUUAAGGGCUCAAAGCGGUGAAAAGAAUAAAGGGGUAAUGUACUAGACCCCCCAUAGAUACAAAGCAGUUCUGCCCAGGGUCUGGCAGAUGAUUCUCUUUCAACAAAGACACUUUAUUGAACACAACAUUUUGGGGCCCAUUUACUAAGGGUCGAAGUGAAUUUUCCGAAGUGAAUUUUCUAAUUCAUUAAUUUUUGGGUACUUCGAACAUCGAAUAGGCCAAAA